AUAAGGAAGUGUCAGAGGGUGUGGAGAGCCGCUCGAGCAGCCUUAGAGAAGGCUUCUGCAAAGAUGUGCCGCAACGCCAACCGUCAUCGCGUCCCGGCUCCAUCCUAUCGGCCGGGCCAGCAAGUCUUGUUAUUGGCCAAGGACCUUAAUCUUCAGGUACCUUCUAAGAAGUUAGCACCCCGUUACGUUGGUCCAUUCCCCAUCAUCUCUAUAAUUAACCCCGUAUCUGUCAAGCUAGCUCUCCCACCCUCGGUUAAGAGACACUCGGUAGUACAUGUUUCACAGAUAAAACCGGUAGCGGAGAGCGCUCUGUCUCCCCCUGUCCCUGCCCCCCCUCCCUCUAGGUUCCUGGAAAAUGGAGAUCAGGUUUGGACGGUUAAAGAAAUCCUCAGGGUCCGUCGACAGGGUAGGGGGCUUGUGUAUCUGGUCGACUGGGAGGGUUAUGGACCAGAGGACAGGUCUUGGGUACCAGCCUCCUAUCUUGCCGAUCCCUCACUUCUAGAGGAUUUCUACCGCGCCAAUCCUGAUGCUCCCCGGCGCUCGUCGGGUGCCUCGCCUAAGGGGGGAGGUACUGUCACGGCGCGGAUUCGAACCCGUGUCUCUCUUAAUUCUGAGUGUCACAAUUCCUCUUCUGGCUGCUCGCUCGGACACGCCCCCGCUCACGCUGGGCAGCAACAAGGCUGCAGGCAAUCACUCAUCAUCACACCUGGGCUUGACGAGAGGGAGCGGCAUAAAGAGACAGCGAAGCCAGGAGACCUUUGCCAGAACGUAGCCAAUCUCACCUGAUGUUUUCCGCGAUCGUGUCUUGCCUCACGACCUCCUCCCGGAUUGUUGCUUGCCUUCCCCGAUCCUUGACCACUGUUUGGACCCUGACAUCGUUGCCUCUCUCCAGCCCCCGACUGCUUGCCUUCCUGCUGACUACCCCUUCGCCUUCCCCUUUGGAUUCGACGAAAGAUACAUCCAACACGCACCGACAACACCCUCUGGUAAAUUAUACAUUGUUAAUUCCACACAUAGUCUGCAUUCACUCACUAGUGGUAGCAUACACUUCCCACACAUUCAUCAAAGGUUUAAAUAAACCUUCAAAAACGCAGUUCUGCCUUGGUGUCGCCUCCUUC